CUCCGCCGAGGGCCAGCCUUUGGCUCGGCGGUUCGCCCCGGACCUUUGGUCUCGAGGUCCCGCGGGAGCUGCGACCUCCUUCAGAAACUGCUGCCGCCAGGGCUGCUUGCCUCCCCGGGGGCCUCCUUUACCCCCAUUCGGGUGACGAGACCCCUAGGGGGGACCCGGCGCCCAGCUCGGUGGAGACGGCGCUGCCUGCGCAUUUCCGCUGGGCGAGGAGGCCGGAGCGGCCCGCGGGGUCACCUGCGGGACCCCCAGCCUCGCUGCACGCGGGGACCCUCGCAACAGCUCGCCGGGCCCGCACUCCGAGGCCGCUGCCAGCCUGCUCCCCUGUACCCGAGUCCGGGAGCGGGAGCGAAAGCCAGCCUUGCACCCCGGGGACAUUUUUUUGGUGGCGGAGCGAGAAUUUCCCAGAAGGGCUGCGGAGGCCAGGCCGCCGGGCCAAGUGGAGCUCUGGAGCCCUAGGACUAUGGAUGCUCUCAACAGGAGCCGGGUCGGCCCUGGAUGCAAGACCCAGGCCGUGGUGCAGAAAGGACCCUUGGACCUGAUUGAUACCGGCAAGGGGCUGAAAGUGCAAACGGACAAACCUCACCUGGUGAGCCUGGGCAGCGGGCGGCUCAGCACCGCCAUCACUCUCCUGCCGCUGGAGGAAGGAAGGACGGUGAUAGGCUCUGCAGCCAAGGACAUCUCCCUGCAGGGCCCAGGCCUGGCUCCAGAGCACUGUUACAUCGAGAAUCUUCGGGGCACCCUCACCCUCUACCCUUGUGGCAAUGCCUGUACUAUCGAUGGGCUCCUAGUUCGACAGCCAACCCGACUCACUCAGGGCUGCAUGUUGUGCCUGGGUCAGUCCACCUUUCUCCGCUUUAACCAUCCUGCUGAAGCCAAGUGGAUGAAAAGCAUGAUUCCAGCUGGGAGCCGGGCCGCUGGGCCCCCCUACAGCCCUGGCUCUGCUGAAUCAGAAAGCCUGGUGAAUGGGAACCACACCCCACAGCCUGCCACCCGGGGACCCUCGGCCUGUGCCAGCCACAGCUCCCUGGUGAGCUCAAUUGAGAAGGACCUGCAGGAAAUCAUGGAUUCACUGGUGCUGGAGGAGCCUGUGGCUGCCGGCAAGAAGCCUGCUGCAACCUCCCCGUUAUCACCAAUGACAAAUGGUGGGCGAUACCUGCUCUCCCCGCCAACCAGCCCUGGCGCUAUGUCUGUGGGUUCCAGCUAUGAGAACACCUCUCCAGCCUUCUCUCCACUCUCCUCACCAGCCAGCAGUGGAAGCUGUGCCAGCCAUUCACCCAGUGGGCAAGAGCCAGGACCUUCUGUGCCCCCACUUGUGCCUGCUCGUUCCUCCAGCUACCACCUGGCCCUGCAGCCCCCACAGUCCCGGCCGAGUGGUGGCCACUCCUCAGACAGCCCCCGGCUGGGCAGGAAAGGGGGUCAUGAGAGGCCGCCCAGCCCUGGUCUCCGAGGCCUGCUGACUGACAGCCCUGCAGCCACCGUCUUGGCAGAGGCUCGUAGGGCCACUGAGAGCCCCCGGCUGGGUGGGCAGCUGCCCGUGGUGGCUAUUAGCCUGAGUGAAUACCCAGCUUCCGGUGUCCGUAGCCAACCCACCAGCAUUCCUGGCAGCCCCAAGUUCCAGCCUCCAGUCCCUGCUCCCCGCAACAAAAUUGGCACACUCCAGGACCGCCCUCCCAGCCCUUUCCAUGAGCCUCCGGGCACCGAGCGGGUGUUGACAACCAGCCCCAUGCGCCAGAUGGUAGGCCGAACAUUUUCAGAUGGGUCUUCCACCCGAACCCUGCAGCCUCCUGAGAGCCCCCGCCUGGGCCGACGGGGCCUGGACAGUAUGCGAGAACUACCCCCCUUGAGCCCAUCUCUGUCUCGACGCGCUCUCUCGCCACUACCUGCCCGGACCACCCCAGAUCCCAAGCUAACCAGGGAAGUGGCAGAGAGCCCGAGGCCCCGCCGCUGGGCCGCGCACGGGACUUCUCCAGAAGACUUCUCCCUGACGCUGGGGGCCCGGGGCCGCAGGACAAGGAGUCCCUCACCUACAUUGGGAGAGUCCUUGGCACCCCGCAAGGGCAGCUUCAGUGGCAGGCUGAGUCCAGCCUAUAGUCUGGGCUCUCUUACUGGGGCUUCGCCUCGCCAGAGCCCCCGGGCCCAGAGGAAGCUCUCCAGUGGGGAUUUGCGGGUUCCUGUCGUGCGGGAUCGGAAAAAUAGCAUCACAGAGAUCAGCGACAACGAGGAUGACCUCCUGGAGUACCACCGGCGACAGCGUCAAGAGCGGCUCCGGGAGCAGGAGAUGGAGAGGCUGGAGCGCCAGCGUCUGGAGACCAUCUUGAACCUGUGUGCUGAGUACAGCAGGGCUGAUGGGGGCCCUGAGGCUGGGGAACUGCCCAGCAUUGGGGAAGCCACCGCUGCAUUGGCACUGGCGGGCAGGAGGCCCUCGAGAGGCCUUGCAGGGCCCAUUGUGUCCUCUGGGCGAGGUGGCGAGGAGCUUGGAGGUGCCACCCAGCGCCUGUGGGAGAGCGUGGAGCGCUCAGAUGAGGAAAAUCUCAAGGAGGAAUGCAGUAGCACGGAGAGCACCCAGCAGGAGCAUGAAGAUGCGCCUAGCACCAAGCUCCAGGGAGAGAUCCUAGCCCUGGAAGAGGAGCGGGCUCAGGUGCUGGGCCACGUGGAGCAGCUCAAGGUCCAUGUAAAGGAGCUGGAGCAGCAGCUUCAAGAGGCAGCCAGAGAAGCUGAAAUGGAGCGGGCGCUGCUGCAGGGGGAGAGAGAGGCUGAGCGGGCACUGCUGCAGAAGGAGCAGAAGGCCGUGGAACAGCUGCAGGAGAAGCUCAUGGCCUUGGAGACAGGCAUCCAGAAAGAGAGGGACAAGGAGAGGGCGGAGCUGGCCGCGGGACGGAGGCACCUGGAGGCCCGCCAGGCGCUGUACGCCGAGCUCCAGACGCAGCUCGAUAACUGCCCCGAGUCAGUGCGGGAACAGUUACAGGAGCAGCUGAGAAGGGAAGCCGAGGCCCUGGAGACCGAGACUAAGCUCUUUGAAGACCUGGAGUUCCAGCAGCUGGAGCGGGAGAGCCGCGCAGAGGAGGAGCGCGAGUUAGCAGGCCAGGGGUUGCUGCGGAGCAAGGCAGAGCUGCUGCGCAGCGUGGCCAAGAGGAAGGAGCGCCUGGCCAUCCUGGACAGUCAGGCUGGACAGAUCCGGGCCCAGGCCGUGCAGGAGUCCGAGCGUCUGGCUAGGGAGAAGAAUGCUUCCCUGCAGCUGCUGCAGAAGGAGAAGGAGAAGCUGGCCAUGCUGGAAAGGAGAUACCACGCUCUCACAGGGGGCAGGCCGUUCCCGAAGACCACCUCGACCCUCAAAGAGGCUCAGCUCCUCACCUCCGAGUCCUCAGAGAUGGGGCUGGGAACCAAGGCUCUGGGCCCAUUCUCAGGGUUCUCUCAGGCUGGGGGCUUCUCUGGCUCCUUAACCCCACCUGCUUCUGUUCUGCUCUGCCCCAAAGUACAAGAGUACGUGACGCUUGAGCAGCUAAAGGUGAUGUGGGGCACCUCACCCAUGCCCCCAGCCCCCGCGCCAGGCCGGCCUCCCUGGGCCUCUGCCUCCCGGGACCUGGUUCCCACCACCUGCCUUCCUCCUGUGCCGCCCUCCUCCUCCUCCUUCGCUUCCAUCACGCCUUCGCCCAAGAUGGAGAAGCUGCUGCUCCCUGCUGUAGACUUAGAGCAGUGGUACCAGGAGCUGAUGGCCGGGCUGGGGACUGUCCCUGCUGCAGCCUCCCCUCGUUCUUCCCCCCCACCUCUGCCUGCCAAAGCUUCCCGUCAGCUGCAGGUUUAUCACUCCAAGGUGGAUGGUGAAGCUGCAAGCCCGCUGCCCCGGACCCGCAGUGGCCCCCUUCCCUCCUCGUCUGGCUCUUCCUCCUCCUCCUCCCAGCUCAGUGUGGCUACCCUGGGCCGCAGUCCCUCCCCAAAGAGUGCCCUGCUUGCCCAGAAUGGCACAGGCAGCCUUCCUCGCAACCUGGCAGCCACGCUGCAGGACAUUGAGACCAAGCGCCAGCUGGCCCUGCAACAGAAGGUCGAGUUGCUUCCUGCCGAGCCCCUCACAACUGACGACCCAGCAGGGCAGCAGGUGAUUGAGGAGCAGAGGCGGCGGCUGGCUGAGCUGAAGCAGAAAGCGGCGGCUGAAGCACAGUGUCAGUGGGAUGCCCUGCACGGAGCGGCGCCCUUCCCCGCCCUGGUGCACCAUUCCAUCCUGCACCACCUGCCGGCUGGCCGGGAUCGAGGGGAGGAGAGCGAGCACGCCUACGACACGCUGAGCCUGGAGAGCUCGGACAGCAUGGAGACCAGCAUCUCCACCGGGGGCAACUCGGCCUGCUCCCCUGACAACAUGUCCAGCGCCAGUGGUCUGGACAUGGGCAAGAUCGAGGAGAUGGAGAAGAUGCUGAGGGAAGCUCAUGCGGAGAAGAGCCGGCUCAUGGAGUCCAGGGAGCGCGAGAUGGAGCUGCGGCGGCAGGCCCUGGAGGAGGAGCGGCGGCGGCGGGAGCAAGUGGAGCGGAGGCUGCAGAGCGAGGGUGCCCGGAGGCAGCAGCUGGUAGAGAAGGAGGUCAAGAUGCGGGAGAAGCAGUUUUCCCAGGCACGGCCCCUGACCCGCUACCUGCCGAUUCGCAAGGAGGACUUUGACUUGAAGACCCACAUUGAGUCCUCGGGCCAUGGCGUGGACACCUGCCUGCACGUGGUGCUCAGCAGCAAGGUCUGCCGUGGCUACUUGGUCAAGAUGGGCGGCAAGAUCAAAUCAUGGAAGAAGCGCUGGUUCGUCUUCGACCGCCUCAAACGCACCCUUUCCUAUUAUGUCGACAAGCACGAGACGAAGCUGAAGGGCGUCAUCUACUUCCAGGCCAUCGAGGAAGUGUACUAUGACCACCUGCGCAGUGCCGCCAAGAAGAGGUUUUUCCGCUUCACUCUGGUGACUGAGAGCCCGAACCCAGCUCUCACCUUCUGUGUGAAGACCCAUGACCGGCUGUACUACAUGGUGGCCCCGUCCGCAGAGGCCAUGCGCAUCUGGAUGGAUGUCAUCGUCACAGGGGCCGAGGGCUACACUCAGUUCAUGAACUGACCGCGUGGGCCUCUGGGACCCCCAGCCUGCCCUCGGACCCCUGCACCUGUUGCCGUGCUCACCCCCGGCCUCAGAGAGGCCUGGCGGACAAAGUGCCCCUGGGGCUUCGGUGCAAGAAGACUUGGUGAUACUCUGCCAUGAGCUCAGUCCCGUGAGGCUCUGGGCUUGGAAGAGGGAAGCUGGGGAGGGCAGGGGCUGGCACCUGGGCGCCCGGGACGUGAAGACCUCGUCAGUGUUGCCCGGCCGCAGGGCUGAAGAGCUGUCGGAGAAUGCCUCCCGGCCCUGACCCGGCAUCUGCUCUCUCCAGCCUGUUUUCUCUUCAUAAAGGACAAAUUAUGGUACCAGAAUCUGCCAAAGAUCCCCUCCUGCCUCACCCCCUCGAGGGGGCUGAGCACAGCCACCCCCGGCGCUGGGCAGCAGUGGAGGCAGCGUGCUCUGCCUCGCCUUCUCCUCCAUUUAUACUUUUUGUUCCUGGGCCCAGAGGCCAGAGACCUCAAGUGUCAGCCUGGAGGCCCCAGCUCCGUCCCCUUGUUGGCGACCCAGCCCUAGUCUCCAUGGCGACUGCUCCAUUGCCAUGGUAAUGUAGUACUAACUGCCUGCUCGCAGCUCACCCACGCUUCUCCAGCCGUGGGCCCUGUGGGCCAUCUGAGGGUACUGCCGUCAUCUCUCCAGCCCAGAUCCAUGGGCACCUGGGGGGGGGACGAACACCUGCUCCCUGGCUGUCUCCCCCCUGACGCACAGCCUGCUGCCCCCGUCUCACCUCUCCCUUCCACUGUGCCUUGCUUAGAGCCAGAAGGGAGGAUGCUGGGGACCCACGGCCAGAGGAGCAGUGCUGUGUGUGGGAGAGGAAGCCCACGGGCCAUCCUCCGGGGCUGGCGGAAAGGGAGGGUUGCUCAGCACUCAGCCCAAAGCCUGAGCAGAGGGAGCUGCAGAUGGAGGGCCCUGCGUUCCGGCCGCCUCCCUCGGCCUCCAAAGGGUGACGGAAAAGGAGAGUGGGGGACCAGGCCUCCGCUGUCCGGCCUCAGCCCUUCGCGCCUUAACACUAAGCCCAGCUCCCCGCCCUCGUCCCCAGCACUGGGCCCUUGACGCCUGGGCCUGGGCUGGGAGUUUUUCAGUAUUUUUAAGCAUUUCAGCAGAACAAUAAAGCAUUUGGGCUAUGUA